CGGGUAGCGGCCGGUGUGUUUUCCCUCGCCUUCUGCUUGUUUGUUAGUGAUAGUCCGUAGCCGGGAAAACCCAAAUGGAGACGACUUAGCAAAAACCACCGGCGAAGGCGAAAUUCAGCAGUGCUCUGCAAGAGAAAAGCUAGCAAAGAAACACUUGCGCUGCAAUCUUGACGGUUACUUGGAUCAAAUGGCGUCGUCGUCUUCUUCUCCCGCCUCCUCUUCCCAUCCGCCGCCCAUUCCUCCGGUUCCGAACGCCGGCGGUGGAAACCUAGAUCACGAUGCUCAGUUCCCGCCGCUUCCGGUUCUAGUCGUCACCGAGCCUUCUCAACUUCCAGUUGAGUUCCUUAACCCGUCGCCGGACCAUGAACUCGUCGUCGGCUUUGAUUGUGAAGGCGUUGAUCUCUGUCGCACCGGAAAACUAUGCAUUAUGCAGCUUGCGUUUCCAGAUAUCAUCUACAUUGUUGAUGCUAUUGACGGAGGGAAGGCAGUUAUGGAAGCUUGUAAGCCUGCACUGGAGUCGAGUCAUGUCACAAAAGUAAUCCAUGAUUGUAAAAGAGACAGUGAGGCAUUGUACUUUCAAUUUGGCAUUAAACUGCAUAACGUCAUCGACACUCAGAUUGCUUUUUCACUGAUAGAGGAGCAGGAAGGACGGCACAGAGCACCAGAUGACUACAUAUCGCUUGUUAGCCUGAUUGCUGAUGCAGACUAUUGUGGUGUAGAAUAUGCGGAGAAGGAAGAGGUUCGUGUUCUUCUUCGGCAGGACCCUAAGUUCUGGGAGUACAGACCACUUUCUGAGAUGAUGAUACGUGCAGCUUCCGAUGAUGUCCGCUUCCUCCUCCACAUCUAUCAGAAGAUGAAGGAGAGACUAAAUGAAAGAUCGCUAUGGUGCCUCUCUGUUCGUGGUCAACUUUACUGCCGGUGUUUCUGCGUCAAUGACAAUGACUAUGCUGAUUGGCCACCUCUCCCUGUGCUUCCAGAGAAAGAUGAAGGAAAUAAUGAUGGCCCUGAGGAACAAAUCCUCACUGUUGUCAAUGUUCCACCUGGACAAAUGGGACUUGUAAUUGGAAAAGGUGGAUCUACAAUUCGGUUCAUAAAGGAAUCCUGCAAUGCUGAAAUUUUCAUGGGAGGAUCAAGGGGUCCACCUGAUAAGGUUUUCGUAAUUGGAUCCGUGAGAGAAGUGAUGAAAGGAGCAGCAAUUGUGAGGGGAAGGCUGAUCACCUUCUGAUUCGUUAAACUGACAUGCUCGCUUCAUCUUUGUAAUAACCCCAUUCUUGCUAACCGAUCAUACUCUGUCAGCAAACAACGAUUUCCAGCCCUCAAAACUUGGCUGGAACACAAAGUCUUGGCUCUGAUCUUGGCUUUGAAGGAAUACCAUACUUGCUGUACCAUUUUCUGUUUGGGCACACCACGGUAUCAGCAGUUUUUUUUCUUCUUUUUUCUGAUGCAAGUGUUAACUAGGAGAAACAAACUGUGGCUGAAGGGAUUUCUAAGCCUCUAGCUAUCUGCAUUCUGCAGUUGUAUGAUUGAAGGCUUGUUGUCUCUGAGAGUUUUGGGAUUCAAACUAUAUCCAGUGCAAGUUACGACACUACUUGUACUGUAGAUCAAGAACCAACCGACGAAGGCCUCACAGUUUAUUCGAAAUUGAUUGAUAGUUGGAUGCAGAAUCCUUGCAUGUUUCAAUAAAGUUUUACAAAUCUCUCUUUUAACA